GUGCCAGCCCUAGUUUACUUUCCUUGACAAUAUCUGUAUCAUGUCACCAACAUGACAGAAGACAGGACUUUGAUAAUUGGGGUGAGAGACAGUCAGUGAGUCAUCCUGAGUUAAAUAGGUAGUUUGUUUUAGUGAGUGAAAGGAAAACAUAAAGAAGAAAAAGCUUCUGCUAGAAUAUUGAAUGCAUACUCCUAAGAUGUUAGAUCCAAAGGGUCUGCGGGGAGGGGUUGUGUCUUUUGUUGUUUGUUUGUUCUUUUAACCAAUCAAGCAGUUUGAAAAAUAGCUAUGAAGUCUGGCCAACCCUAAAAGACAAUUUUAGACAUAAUGUAUACCACUGCAGAAAGUAGGAAAUCCUAGCUGGAUUGAAACUAUAUGUAAAUAUGAAUUUGCCUAGCUGCAUAAAUGAACUAAAUUUUUGCUGCUGUUUGGUCUAGUUCGGGGCAUAAUUCAUUCUCUGUGUUUCUGCAUAUAGACAGGGUGCUUUUAAUAAUGCAGAAUUAAUAGAUGAUUUUUUUUUGUGAUGUUAAAUACAACUUUGAAAUUACCUGCAAGCUCCUGCUGAUCUUUCAACUUUGCAAGUGAAGAAUUACUUAAGGAAUUCUUGUGGUUUCUUUGUCAUUUAAUAAAAGCAGACGUUGCUACUGUGGAAGCAAACCUCCCGUUGUUGCCUACAAAGGGCAGUGCUCCAGUGUGUUUUCCCUUCAGUGUGCGCUUCGGCUGCACAGCACUUCCUGUUUAUUCAAACAUCUUUUUACCAUUCUUCAACCCCCGCUUCACAGAAACAGCCAGAACACAUCUACAGCAAGAAGACGGAAAUCUAAAGACAGACAGCACUGCAGGUAGCACGACAGUUUCUACUGCAGCAACAGCAGCAGCAACAAGUUAGUGGAUUAAAGUCACCCAAGAGGAAUGACAAACAAGCAGCCCUUCAGGUCCCAGUGUCAGUGGCUAUGAUGACACCUCAAGUUAUCACUCCCCAACAAAUGCAGCAGAUCCUCCAGCAACAAGUGCUAACUCCCCAGCAACUCCAAGUCCUGCUCCAGCAGCAGCAGGCACUCAUGCUUCAACAGCAGCAGCUUCAGGAGUUUUAUAAGAAACAACAGGAACAAUUACAGCUUCAACUUUUACAGCAACAACAUGCUGGAAAACAGCCUAAAGAGCCACAGCAACAGCAAGUGGCUACACAACAGUUGGCCUUUCAGCAGCAGCUCUUACAGAUGCAACAACUGCAGCAACAGCAUCUCCUGUCUUUGCAGCGUCAAGGUCUGCUAACAAUCCAGCCUGGCCAGGCUACCCUGCCUUUGCAGCCUCUUGCCCAAGCAUUUGCUGCCUUCCACUUCCAAACUGAACGUUACCCUCAUACAUUGAAAGGCAUGAUUCCAACAGAACUGCAGCAGCUCUGGAAAGAAGUGACGAGCUCUCAUACAGCAGAGGAAAUAGCAAGCAACAACCACAGCAGUUUGGAUUUGUCCACCACAUGUGUCUCCUCUUCAGCACCUUCUAAGACCUCCUUAAUAAUAAACUCACACGCCUCAACUAAUGGACAGCUAUCGGUCCACACUCCUAAAAGGGAGAGUUUAUCCCAUGAGGAGCACUCACAUAGCCAUCCGCUCUAUGGACAUGGUGUAUGCAAAUGGCCAGGCUGUGAAGCAGUUUGUGAAGACUUCCAGUCAUUCCUAAAACAUCUCAACAAUGAGCAUGCGCUGGAUGAUAGAAGUACAGCCCAAUGUAGAGUACAAAUGCAGGUUGUUCAGCAGUUAGAGCUACAGCUUGCAAAAGACAAAGAGCGCCUGCAAGCUAUGAUGACACACCUGCAUGUGAAGUCAACUGAACCAAAAGCCACCCCUCAGCCUCUGAAUCUGGUAUCAAGUGUCACACUGUCAAAGACUGCCUCUGAGGCGUCUCCACAGAGCUUACCUCAUACUCCGACCACCCCAACUACACCCAUCACUCCUGUCAUCCAGGGUCCUUCUGUCAUCACUACCACCAGCAUGCACAACGUUGAACCAAUCAGGAGGCGGUGCCCUAAUAAAUACAAUGUGGCCAUUUCUUCAGCAGAUCUUGCUCAGAACCAAGAAUUUUAUAAGAACGCAGAGGUUAGACCACCAUUCACGUAUGCAUCUUUAAUUAGGCAGGCUAUCCUCGAAUCUCCAGAAAAGCAACUAACACUAAAUGAAAUCUACAACUGGUUCACACGAAUGUUUGCUUACUUCAGACGUAAUGCAGCAACAUGGAAGAAUGCAGUGCGUCAUAAUCUUAGUCUUCACAAGUGUUUUGUGCGAGUAGAAAACGUUAAAGGGGCAGUAUGGACAGUGGAUGAACUAGAGUUCCAAAAACGAAGGCCACAAAAGAUCAGUGGUAAUCCUUCUCUUAUUAAAAACAUACAGACCAGCCACACCUACUGCACACCUCUCAAUGCUGCUUUACAGGCUUCAAUGGCUGAUAAUAGUAUACCUCUAUACACUACUGCUUCCAUGGGAAAUCCCACUCUGGGCAAUUUAGCCAAUGCUAUGAGGGAAGAUCUUAAUGGUGCAAUGGAGCAUACGAACAGUAAUGAGAGUGACAGUAGUCCAGGACGUUCCCCUAUGCAAGCAAUGCACCCUGUGCAUGUCAAAGAAGAACCGUUGGAUCCGGACGAAAACGAAGGCCCGCUAUCCUUAGUGACAACAGCCAAUCACAGUCCAGAUUUUGAUCAUGACAGAGAUUAUGAAGAUGAACCUGUAAAUGAGGACAUAGAAUGAGUAUGCCUAACGUCAUUAUCCUGAGAAUGAAGAUUGGAAAAACACGUCAAAUUUAGCUGUGAAAUCUCUCCAUUAUUGUACAGUCUGGAGGAUUUUCAGUACACUUUGACAACUAUGAAAUAUGUUAACUCUUAGUGCCAUCAAGUAUCCCAUUUGGGAGUAUUUUUGAUUUUUCUACUUUUUGUUGAAAAAAGGAAUUUGUACUCUGUGCAUUGGAUGGACUUGUUUGGUACUUGGGAUUUUCCUCUCUUAUAGUCAACAUCAGUGUUGUAAAUUUGCUAAACUGAUUCACUUACUCACAUUUAGCAGCAGGUUUUGGACUGCAGUCCUGCCAGUUUUGGACACUGAGGACCUCAAACUCUGAGCAUGUGCACCUAAACUGCAGAUGAAGCCUUUGCCCAGAUUUUAAGGAUUCCAAUGGACAACAUAUUUGCACAGUACUGCAUGUUGGUUAUCACUGCCUUUACGCCUUUUUUUUUUUUUUUUUUUGCUUCCAUUUGGGAUGGGGAAGGCAUGUGUGUGCGUGCACACGUGUGUGUGUUUGUGUGUGUGUAUGUGUGUGUGUACUGGCAAGGGGUUACAAGAAAUAUUAUCCCAGACUUUUUAAUGUAUUGCUUUUAUUCCCCCCCACCACCACUUCUGCUCUACCAUUUUAAGUUCUGACCUCAGGCCACAUCUCGGCCCAGGGCCUGUUGAAGGCCUAAUGUUUUCUGUACUUUGUGAUGAAUGUUAAUAGGUGUUUUUAUUAUACGAAGCUGAAUGUCA